AUGGCCGGAGUUUCAGUGGCGGCAGAGUGGCAGCUUCUCUACAACCGGUACUACCGGAAGCCGGAGCUGUACCAGAUGCAGUGGAAGCACGUUGACCUCACGCGGAACAAGGUAGCGUGUGCACCGUUCGGAGGUCCCAUUGCCGCCAUCCGCGACGACGCCAAGAUCGUCCAGCUCUUCGCCGAAUCGGCCCUUCGCAAGCUCCGCAUCUUCACAUCCUCCGGCCGAUUGAUCUCUGAGACCGUCUGGAAGAAUCCCGGUGGUCGCCUCAUCGGUAUGUCAUGGUCCGACGAUCAAAUUCUAAUCUGCAUCACCCAAGACGGCACUGUUUAUUUUUACAAUAUCCACGCCGAGUUAAUCAAUAAUUUUUCUUUGGGCAAAGAGUGUUUCGAAAGUAGCGUUGUGGAGUGUGUGUUCUGGGGAAACGGUGUCGUUUGUAUCAAUGAGUUGUUUGGGAUUUUUGCGGUGCCGGAUUUGAAGAAUCCCAGGGCGAUUAAAAUGUCGGAUUGUAAUUUGGAGGAUUUGCCGCAUUGUAUAGCUGUGAUAGAGCCGCAGUACACUAUGUCGGGGAAUGUGGAGGUUUUGUUGGGGGUCGGGGAUCAUGUCUUGUUAGUGGAAGAGGAUGGGGUGCAGCAGCUUGGUGUAGGUAUAGGGCCUUUGCAGAAGAUGGUAGUUUCGAGGACUGGGAAGCUUCUGGCAUCAUUCACGCACGACGGGAGGCUUCUGGUUAUGUCAACGGAUUUUUCAAAUAUUAUCUUUGAGUACACUUGUGAGUCAGCUCUUCCACCUGACCAGCUGGCUUGGUGUGGAAUGGACAGUGUCUUACUAUACUGGGAUGAUAUGCUAUUGAUGGUAGGUCCUUAUGGUGAUCCUGUGCGCUACAUAUACGAUGAGCCCAUCAUUCUUAUCCCUGAGUGUGAUGGAGUAAGGAUACUGUCUAACACAAGCAUGGAAUUUCUACAUCGAGUCCCAGACUCCACAGUAUCUAUCUUUCAGAUUGGGAGCACCCUUCCUGCUGCUUUGUUAUAUGAUGCCCUGGAUCACUUUGACCGGCGGAGUGCCAAGGUAGUCUACCUCUAUUAUCUUAAUGCAUCUCGGAAUUAUAUCCUGAUGAAGUCUUUCUCAUCCUCGUACUUGCCUUUAGGAUAUGAAAAUUUGAGAUUGAUUCGCUCUUCGCUAUCCGAGGCUGUUGAGGCUUGUAUUGAUGCUGCUGGUUAUGAAUUUGAUAUUUCACAGCAGCGGACACUACUGAGAGCUGCGAGCUAUGGACAAGCCUUUUGCAGCCAAUUUCAACGUGACUUCAUUCAAGAAAUGUGUAAAACAUUACGGGUACUAAAUGCUGUACGCCACCAUGAGAUUGGUAUCCCUCUAAGCAUUCAGCAGUACAAGUUGCUUACACCAUCCGUGCUGAUUAAUCGUCUGAUUAAUGCUCAUAAAUACCUACUAGCUCUUCGGAUAACAGAAUACCUUGGAAUGAAUCAAGAAGUUGUAAUAAUGCACUGGGCUUGUACUAAGAUAACAGCAUCCUUGGGGAUUCCUGAUGCCAGUCUCCUAGAAAUCUUACUUGAUAAGCUGAAGAUAUGUAAAGGCAUAUCUUAUGCUGCAGUUGCUUCUCUUGCAGAUAAGAAUGGGCGCAGGAAAUUAGCUGCGAUGCUAGUUGAACAUGAGCCACACUCCUCGAAACAGAUCCCUCUCUUACUAAGCAUUGGAGAAGAAGAUACUGCACUCGUGAAGGGUAUAGAAAGUGGUGAUACUGAUCUUGUCUAUCUUGUCCUGUUUCAUAUCUGGCAGAAGAGACCAUCGUUGGAGUUUUUUGGAACUAUACAGGCCAGACCACUGGCACGCGAUUUAUUCGUAACUUAUGCACAAUGCUAUAAGCAUGAAUUCUUGAAGGACUUUUUCCUAUCCACUGGUCAACUUCAGGAUGUUGCUUUUCUCUUGUGGAAAGAGUCCUGGGAACUGGCAAAAAAUCCAAUGGCUAGCAAAGGAUCCCCACUUCAUGGUCCACGCAUAAAACUCAUUGAAAAGGCACAGCAGCUCUUUUCAGAAACGAAGGAACACAUAUUUGAGUCAAAGGCAGCUGAGGAGCAUGCAAAAUUGUUAAGAAUUCAGCAUGACUUGGAGGUGACUACCAAGCAGGCUAUUUUUGUGGACUCUAGUAUCAGCGACACUAUUCGUACAUGUAUUGUACUGGGAAAUCACCGGACUGCAAUGAAAGUUAAAACAGAAUUUAAGGUUUCGGAGAGGCGAUGGUAUUGGCUUAAAGUUUUCGCUUUGGCAACAAUCAGGGACUGGGAUGCCCUCGAAAAAUUUUCAAAAGAGAAAAGACCACCAAUAGGUUACCGGCCAUUUGUGGAGGCAUGUGUUGAUGCAGAUGAGAAAGCUGAAGCCCUUAAAUAUAUAACAAAACUCACUGACCCCAGAGAGAGAGCCGAGGCAUAUGCUAGAAUUGGUAUGGCCAAGGAAGCUGCAGAUGCUGCAUCUCAAGCGAAGGAUGGUGAACUGCUUGGCCGACUGAAAUUAACUUUUGCACAAAAUGCAGCAGCUUCUUCAAUUUUUGAUACACUAAGGGACCGAUUGUCCUUUCAAGGCGUCUCUUAG